GGGAUUGACAGUAGAAUCCGAAUUUUCUUUCAAGUUAGGUAAUCAGUAUGUCCCUGAAAUCUGCUGUAAUCAGUUCUUGAAAUCGUUAAAAUAGUAGUCAUUAUACGAGUAUACUGACUUUUUCAACAAGACUUUCAACACAAAACAAAACGCUGGCAACAGAAUGAAAGUUUUUGUUGUAUUAGAAACUUUAAGUGUUUUGCACACUUAACUUAACUUGCAAUGAUAUUCUCAGAGGUCUAGAAUGCAGCAAAAGUGAUGCAAUUAUUCGCAAAUGGGUCACGAAAUCUUUAUUUAAAACCUGUAAGAAAAGAUCAAACAAAAAGCACAACGGUACGUCACGACAGAGCAACCAAAGCGAAGCAUAUCAAAUACCGAAUCUUUAAGGAAGAUGCACCUGCUUGUUACCAAAUGCAUUUAUAUCAAAAUAUUAUCCUAGGAGAGAGCAGAGACCAUGAUAAUAAGGUAUCUCAAGUCAACUCAUGGUUUUAUACCGUGUUUAUUGGGUCAACAGCUAAACGCACCCAGUGAGCAGAAAUAAUACACGCACCAGUAGCGAUCAAAUUUUUGCGUCUCGAUUUCAUGGGCUAAUAGACUGCAACAUGGAACUCUGAGAGCUUCCAAAAAUUUGAAGAAGGAAGGAAUAUGUAAAUAUAUUUAUAUAUAAAGAGACGAUGACAAAACGGUGAAUUAUUAUUAAUCGUUGAAGCAGAGCUUAAACUUUACACAGAAUAAAGGUCAAAAGACUGCUCGAACAUUGAAAAUAACUUGCAAUGGUUGCAAUGGGUAUUAGUUAUUUUAACUUUGUUUUUACUGUAUUAGUAUGUAUGUUUUGCAUUGGUGAAGCGAGAAGACGAAGCACGCUAGUAAAGGAUAAUGAUAAAGUUUGCCAAGCUGAGAAAUGUCAGAGGGUGGCGAAGAGAAUCAAGGAAAACAUGAAUCCAGAUAUUGACCCUUGUUCUGAUUUUUACAAUUAUGCCUGCGGAGGCUGGAUAAAGCAGCACAACAUUCCAAAAGGAAAAGACGAAUUCUCUGCCAUUGUUGAAUUAUCGGAAAGGAAUGAUAAAAGAUUAAAAAAACUGCUUAAAACGGAUAAUUCAAGUGACAUAAAGACAAUCAAAAAAGUGAAGAAUUUCUAUAAAUCCUGUUUGAAUACAAAACUUGUUGAUGGACGUGGCGGCAAACCACUAAAAAAAUUUAUUUCAGACUUAGGUUCAUGGGAUAUUUUUUCUGAUUUUGAUGAGGCAAAGUGGGAUUUUAACAAAACCUUGCAAUUGUUUCAUAAAGAAUACCCAGCUGAGAUAUUUUUCACAGUUGACGUGGAUGUGGACCCAAAGAAUAGGACCAUGAACAUUAUCACGAUCGAUCAGGCAAAACUAUGUCUUCCACAAAUUGUGUACUAUGUAAACAAAAAGGCGGUAAGAGAAUUAACAAAGUACGCUGCAACAAUUGCUCAUCACGCAGGAGCAUCAUACAAAGAAGCAAAGCGUAAAAUGAAGGAGGUUGUGGAUUUUGAGUAUAAACUUGCCAAGAUCAGUGUACCCAAAGCUGCAAAGAAAUAUGCAAGAACAACUAUUUCAAGCUUAGCAAAAGCAAUUCCUACAUUCCCGUGGUUGCAGCAUAUAAGAUACGUACUGAGUCCACGCAAUAUUACAGAAAAUGAUCACAUCGUUGUGCUUUGCAAUGACUACCUGGCUGAUCUUGUGAGCAUUCUCAAUAUCACACCUAAGAGAAUCUUAUCCAACUACAUGAUGUGGAGAAUGGUAAAAGACAUGGUGCCUUUCUUGUCAACAGAAUUCACUACCGCGUAUAAAAACUUCAAAGAUAAGCUAACCGGUAAAGCUCAAAACAAAACACGAGAAGAAACAUGCUUUCGAUACACAGAUGAAAUAUUAGGCCCUCUUGUUGGUGGCCUCUUUAUUAGGCAUGAGUUCUCUGUCGCUGACAAAAAAGAGGUUGAAGAGAUGAUGCAGCUUAUUAUAAAGGCUUUUGAGAAAAAUUCAGAAAGUGUGCCGUGGAUCAGUGGCCAAACGACUAAAGCUGUAAAAGAGAAGGCCGACGCCGCUGUCGUUAAAGUUGGUUAUCCUGAUUACCUUUACAACAAUACUUUAUUCAACGAACGAUACAAGGAGAUUGAAAUACACCCAGACACAUUCUUUGAGAACGUUGUUAGUAUAGACAGAUUUUCAAAUCGACGAACAUUCAGAAAACUGGACCAGCCCGUUGACCCUCACCAAUGGGUGAGUGUUCCACACAUGGCUAAUGCAUUCUACGUUGUUACUAAAAACGAAAUUGUUAUUCCUUCUGGAAUUCUUCAAGCUCCUUUCUUUUACGGAGAACCCAUUCCAAGGUCUGUGAGUUAUGGUGCAAUAGGCCAUGUCUUGGGUCACGAGUUGACACAUGGAUUUGACACAUUAGGAAGAAAAUUCAAUUUAUACGGAGAGCUGAUUCAGAGAAGAACAAAAUGGAGCGAUCCUUCCAUUGCAAAUUUUGAAAAAAGAACGAAGUGUUUAGUGAAACAAUUCAAUAAGUACAAAAUUGGAGACAAUUUACAUAUUGAUGGAAAAAAUACUUUGGGAGAAAAUAUUGCAGAUGGAGGUGGACUGAAAAUUGCUUAUGAGGCUUACGAGAAAUGGGUCAGAGAGCACGGUGAAGAAUAUACGUUACCAGGAAUAAAUUUGAAUAACAAACAGUUGUUUUUCGUUGGAUAUGCACAGAAAGAAUGCCAUAACUCAACGCACCAAGCCCUGGUUGAUGCAAUCAAAGAUGACGUGCAUGCACCUUCUAUGUUCAGAAUCAUUGGAACAUUGAGUAACACCGUUGGGUUCUCAAAAGCGUUUAAAUGCAAGGCAGGAUCACCGAUGAAUCCAACAGACAAAUGCCACGUUUGGUAGUCAUAGAGAAUAUAGUAUUGAAAAUGCGUUUUUAUGAUUUUGAUAAUUUGCCUGAAACAUCCUUUGUUAACAGAGUUUUUCCAUAUAUGCUCUUGAGAAUUUGUGUCACUUUUUAAAGGAUUUAUGGUGAUUCUUUCUCUCUCAAGAAGAUACAAAAUUUCUCAUCGACUUCUUAUUGCUAUUCUAGCAUCAACGUUGGUGGGUAGUUGCAUUGGUAUUUAAAUGUUGCCAAAGUGACCUGUUCCCUGCAUCCAACCAAUUAAUCCUUGUCAAUAGUUUCUCCGUGUCUACACGUAAAUUGAUCAUGUCUUUCUCCUUGCCUGUUCUCUUCUUUUUGCACUUUUUGGUGUUCCUCUGUUCCAAGUUGAAAUGACAAGGAGGUUUCUUGGGUGCCUCAGAUUUACUAGUUUUUAGAUAAAUAUUUUAUUUAAAUUGGAAUUUUCAAUGUAUAUCUGUUGUAAUGUAUUUAAUGUUGAGCUAACAUAGAAUGUUUCAGUGCUAACCAGUUUGGUCCUUGCCGUUAAAAUAUUUGAGAUGGGUACACCUAGACUAUAUUUUGAGAAAAAGAAAGUUCUAUGCAUUUCUUCUGGAAAAAAGUGGAAAAGCUUCAGAAACAAAUUUGCGUUAAUACAGGUUAGCUUAUAUAGUAAUUUUAACAUUGUUAAUGAAUUUGAUGUCAAAAAACAGAUAAAAAAUAGAAAAAACAACUUAUGCAUGAUAAAUUGUGCUGGAAUUUAAGGGUGAAAAUUUAUCAUUUUAUAAAAGAUACAAGAAUUCAAUUAAAAUAAAAUUUGAUUUGUUUGAAUGGUUAUCUUACAAUCAUGAGAAAAACAGCUUUUAGAAUGGAAAUAUCUUGCAAAUUGUUCAAU